CGCACUCCGCCAUUUUGUAGCGCUUUAAGAAAACUCAGCCAAGCAACAAAGUUGCGGAUCAGAGCUGCUGUUCCUCGGUGUGCAAUGGACGGCCGCCUAGAGACUGAAUUGUAUCCUAUGGGAUCAAGUUACGCAGAAUUAGACGUCGUUCACGAUAUUGCAGUUGGUACAAAGAGAGGAUCUGACGAGCUGUUCUCCUGUGUUUCCAGCGGGCCCUAUAUCAUGAGCUCAGCAGCUAACGGCAACGACAGCAAGAAGUUCAAAGGCGACAUCAGAAGUCCCAGUGCCCCGUCCAGAGUUAUACAUGUCCGCAAGCUGCCUAACGACAUUAAUGAAGCGGAGGUCAUCUCUCUCGGCCUUCCCUUUGGCAAAGUCACCAAUCUGCUCAUGCUAAAGGGAAAGAACCAGGCUUUCUUGGAAAUGAAUUCUGAAGAAGCAGCCCAGACGAUGGUCACUUACUACUCCUCCGUAACGCCCGUCAUCAGAAAUCAUCCCAUCUUCAUGCAGUACUCAAACCACAAAGAGCUGAAAACAGACAACUCACCAAACCAAGUGAGGGCACAGGCAGCACUGCAGGCGGUGAAUGCUGUCCAGACUGGUAGCAUGACUCUAGGUGCCGUUGACCCGUCCGGUAUGACUGGCCCCAGCCCUGUCCUAAGGGUCAUCGUUGAAAACCUCUUCUACCCUGUGACCCUAGAUGUCCUGCACCAGAUCUUCUCCAAGUUUGGCACAGUGCUGAAAGUGAUCACUUUCACAAAAAACAACCAGUUUCAAGCUCUUCUACAGUUUGCUGAUGGCCUGACGGCACAACAUGCCAAGCUGGCUCUAGAUGGACAGAACAUCUACAAUGGCUGCUGUACAUUGCGCAUCAGCUUUUCCAAACUUACCAGCUUAAAUGUCAAAUAUAAUAACGACAAGAGCCGUGACUACACUCGCCCGGACCUGCCCACUGGGGACAGCCAACCCACUAUUGAACAUCACGCUGUGGCUGCUGCUUUUGCUACUCCCGGGAUCAUCUCUGCCUCCCCGUAUGCAGGAGCACAUGCCUUCCCUCCAGCUUUUGCUAUCCAGCAGGCUGCAGGGUUGACAAUACCUGGUGUUCCCGGAGCCCUUGCCUCCCUGGCAAUUCCUGGGGCAGCGGCAGCCGCCGCGGCUGCGAGCAGACUGGGUUUCCCUGCCCUCCCCGGCACCCACUGUGUCAUGCUGGUCAGCAACCUGAACCCUGAGAGAGUUACGCCCCACUGCCUCUUUAUUCUCUUCGGUGUAUAUGGGGAUGUACUGAGAGUAAAAAUCAUGUUCAACAAAAAGGAGAACGCUCUCAUACAGAUGUCUGAUGGGACACAGGCUCAGCUGGCAAUGAGCCAUCUAAAUGGGCAGAAGUUGUACGGCAGGCCCCUGCGCAUCACACUGUCCAAACACACGACUGUCCAGAUGCCACGGGAGGGACACGAGGAUCAGGGUCUCACCAAAGACUACAGCAGCUCCCCUCUCCAUCGCUUCAAGAAGCCAGGCUCCAAAAACUACUCCAACAUCUUUCCUCCUUCAUCGACCCUGCACCUGUCUAACAUCCCACCCGCAGUUGUUGAAGAUGACCUCAAGAUGCUCUUUGCUAGCAAUGGUGCUCUGGUCAAGAACUUCAAGUUCUUUCAGAAGGAUCGCAAGAUGGCUCUGAUUCAGAUGGGUUCGGUGGAGGAAGCGAUCGAGUCCCUUAUCCAGUUCCACAACCAUGAUCUCGGAGAAAACCACCAUCUUAGGGUUUCCUUCUCAAAGUCCAUCAUUUGAGAGAAAUACAGUAUAGAAAGGGCUGGAGUGGCCAGUCAUUUUAAACCUUAACGAGUCUUAAUCACAAAGCUCACUUCCAUCAUUCCGUAAUUUUAUUUAAGAGGCAUUUUUAGUGGAUAUUUACAUAUAUAUAUUUUUUCAAGGUUUUAGAACAGCUGUAUUAUUAAUGAGAGAAGUUCAUUAACCGUAUGCAUCACUCCAUCUGUCACAUUCUGCCUAUUUAAGGCUUGUAAAAAUGAUUUCUGUAGAAGCAGAGAUGAACCACUACAGGCCUUUGAUUCCAUUUGUACCAUUUGUGCCUUACUGCUUCAGCACCUCAGUCAAACAUCUGCAACUAAACUGUAGUUUACAGUCCAUUUUGUGCCCUCAGGGCCAAGCACUCCUAUGAGACAUGGGUAAUUUCAUUAGGCCGAUGGUACAGGCCUAAAACUCUGCGCCUCUGUGUUACGUAUCAUAUCCUGUAGCUUUAGCAUUUAUACUGUAUCUUUAGACAUAGAAUGUUUACAGGCAUUUUCCUCCUUUUAAAUUUAUGCAAUCGUUUGUGUAUAAAUCUAAUAGUGUUGUCUAGAUUUGUAUUGUUUUUAUACUGUGGGCCAUUGCAUGUUGGCUGUGGUCAGCGGACCGGUAACCGCUGUCCGUUUAUUGUUUGUCCUGUAGGUGUUUAGCGUCGGGCUUUAUGUUAUUGUGUGAUAUAGUAGAUUAUUUAAGCUAUUCUACUUAAUUGCCCCAUGUAUUUUAUGUAUUCCUGUACCUGUGUGUACACUACAGCUUGAUACCAAAGCCUUUCCUCCACGUACCCUCGUAAGGGACAUCCUGACACCUUUUAGCCUCACGACAAACGACAAAAUGCAUGUCCGCUUCUCUGUAGAGACGAGUGUGAUGGAAACAGCCGCCAGAUAUAUCAGACACGAUGGCAUUUAGUGACCUCUGUAAAAUAAGUCAGGCCAUUAUUCUCCUCAAGAAACAUUUGUUUUUGAAAUCUGACAAGUGCCUUUUUAAAAAAAAAAAAAAAAAGUCUAUCCUUGUGACACUCAGCUGCAUUAGCUUUCAAAAGUUUUAUAAAAGGCUGUAUGAUGGCCUAAAUUUGGCACUCAGACCACAUGAUAUACCGAAAAUCAGAUCUUUCUUGCUUGUAUUAUAUUCCUGACAAUGUUUUAUAGUGAUUCAAGUUACUUUACUAUUUUUAAUUUUACAUUAGGUUUUGUGUUUGAUGUUCUUUUCCCUUUACAUGUUUUACUAUUUGUGUGGGACCAAUCUAAAAAACAGGUGGCGCUUUAAAGAAAUCCAAAUGCUCCUUGGAUAUAUAAAAAAAAUCAUAUUUGAUUCUUUACAGUGGCUGGAUAAAACCUGAUUAUGCAUCCUUGCACAUUAAAAAAAACCCUCAAUAUACAACAUCUGCCUUAGAUUAUAAAGUGCUUUUUCUUAUAGUGGACAGAUGAGGUGUAAAUACUAUUUUUGUAUCACAAUGUUAAAAGUUAUGGGUUUUUAUAUCCGUUGAAACAUGUAUAUUUUGAUUACAACUAUGGACCAUCAUCAUGCAAAAUUAAGUUCGAUUUAAAAUGGUUACAAUCAGGAUUACACUGUUUUCAGUCUUUAUCUUGUUCUUCAUGGCAUUCCUAGUUGUACUUUUUGCCUUCAAUAAAUAUUUGUUUACUCAA